UACAUAUACAUCAGGAUAAUUUUAUUUGUCUAUUUCGUUAAUCAUUCUCAACUAUAAAUACACGAUUACAAUGCGAUAUAAAGUGCAUAGAUUAUUGAGAAACGAUUACUGUUAAUGUCUAAAAAAAUAAAUAAAUAUACGAAUAAAUGAACACACAUCAAUCGACUAUUUUCUCCGUCGAUAAUACAAUUUCGUAGAAAGAAAUUUUUUCCUAACGGUUGAUCUAUUCCAACGAUUGUCGUUUAUGGUUGUCCAUUUUAAUGGCGAAUAAUACGCGUCGCUUCGUCAUAGUUUGUGGUUCUUCUUAUUUGUGUAAAUCAUAACCUAUUUACUUAUUUAAUUCGCUUGUUUCGCAUGUUGCAUGGAUUAUUUAUUGUGCAUAUCGUCUAACGAGAUCUUUGUAUACUUAACGAGUUGAAUUAUAUGCUACUAAAUAUAAAAAGGGUUCACUGUGUAUAACAUGGAGAUGAUUGAAGAACCCAUUGAGGAAAUAUUACUGGAACAAGAAUCCAGAACGAGUGAUUCUUUGGAAACCAACGCGAAACUGAAUCAUCCGAAUAAUUCAAAUAUCUCCGAGUUUCUUGAAAGCCGUUAUGAAAAUCGUGCCGGAACGUUUACAACGGGUAUCGACAUAUUUAGUAAAGAAGAAAAGUUGAAAAUGGAGGAGAGAGCUAAGCGUUUUGGAUUGCCCAAAAGUUUUUUAUCUAAUUACGAACAAGAUUUAUAUACGAGCAUGGGCAUAGGCGAAGAUAACGAGAAUACAAGGAAUAUUAGAUUGAAUGUGAUACACAUGAGAGGAACCAAAGAAAUGAGCACGAAAGACGUUUUUAAAUAUUUCGAAGACUAUGCUCCGGCAUCUAUCGAAUGGAUAAACGAUGUGUCAUGUAACGUAGUAUGGCUGGACAAUGCGUCGGCAGCUAGAGCCAUGUUAGGAUUAUCAAAACGUAUUGUAGGUGUUAAUGACAAACUGCAAAGCAAUAAAAGUAAUGCAGAUAUGAUAGAUAGCAUCCCCGAUGAAGACUGCAUCAUAGAAGUUAAACAUGGCAGCUUAUCCGAUAAGGAGAUCAAAGGAAAAAAAGAUACAAAUGAAAUAAAUAUAAAAGAUAUUGAUUAUCCUUUACCUCCUGGUAUAUGGAGAAAAGGUAUUGAUUACCCUAAAUCUAGAGGCAUCUUUUUACGAUUUGCUACUAGAUCUGAUAAGAAACAACCAAACGCAGAGAAGAUGAGCGAAUAUUAUAAAAAAUAUGGGAAUCCUAAUUUUGGAGGAAUAAAAGGUAUAUUGACGGAAUCUCGUAAACGUCUGUACAAACAAAUUAAACAAAGUAGAAAAAAAGUGUCGGAAGAGAGAGAAGAGGAUAGUACAUCCAGGAAACGCAUGAAAAAUCCUUGGGGUGCUUUGUCCGAGUCAUGGGGAAUUAAUGACUCUGUAGAAAAUGAUUUUAUUUUAAAAAAUGAUUACAAGGAUCAAGGACGAAAUAUAAAGGAAAGACUAGGCAUUAAAUUUCCUUCUAAAAAUAUGACGCGCGUCGAAGAAAGUAACAGCAGUGGUAACGACAGCGAUAGCGAAGAAGAUUGGUGCAAAAGAAGUAAAGUGUUACGUAUGCGAAUGCAUGCGGAUGACGAAGAGAAGAAGAUUCAUAAAAGACGUGCUAAACUCAAAACUCAGAUGUUAUUAAAUAGUAUGUCAAGCGGAAAUGAUUUACGGUCGAGACUUGGUAGUAGACCGGUCAAACCGACGCAAUAUCGUGAUGCAAUACAAGUCGUUGUUACAAAUAGAAACGCUACAAGAUUGAAUUCUACAAAAGCUAGCGAUUCCGAGGAAGAAGAUGGUGAAAUCGUAGAGGAUACUCAAGUAGAAGAGAAAGAAGAGGGCGAAUGGCAAGAAACGGAAGAGGAAAAUACAGAGGGCGAAGAAAGGGAAGAGAAUGAGAUCGAUAGCGAAGAUAGCGAUGUAGAGGCAAAAGAAGUACAAGGUCCUAAAGGCAGCGUGAUCAAAGUGGUACAACAUAAGCCACGUGUUGCGUCCACUGUUUGGACGAGAUUAAAUAAUGUAAAAAGUGUAAUUAACAGCAGUAGUUUAAAGGAAAGACAAUCAAGAGGUCGAGAUUUAAGAGAUACAUUAAAAAGUGGCGAUCUACGUUCGCGUAUUGGAAAUCAUACGAGAGGACGUUCGCAAUUAAGGAUAGAAGUGAAAAAUGACAAAUAUACAGAGGAUGGAAACGAUAUUAAGUGAUCAUCAAUUGCAUUUGCGGAUCUGUGAUUUUUUAGAACUGUCUUUAUGAAAUUGAAGAUUUUUAAACUAUACUAUAUCGAAAUAAAGGGGAUUGUGUAUUGUGAUAAGAAAAUAAAAUAAAAAAAAAAAAAAAAGAAAAAACCAAAAAAAGAAGAAAAAAAAAGAUUCGUGUCAAUAUAUAUAUAUAUUCGAAAAUUAUCUGAUUCUGGUGUACGAUACAGUGAUUACUUGAAUGUUAAUGAACUAUUUGAGAUAUAUGUGUGUGUGUAUUUAUAUAUACACACACAUGCAUACAGAUACAUACAUACACACACAUAUAUAUAUAUAUAUAUAUAUAGCUAUUAUUAGUAAAUAAUGUUCAUUCAUAGAAUCCUAUUUGUACUAAAACUUUUAUUCCCAUUUAUGUAUAUAUCAAUUAAUUAGAUACGAGUAACAGCACUAUAUCAUUAGUGCCAUUGCCAUAAAUCUUCCUUGAACAUUUAUAAAAGGUGACCAUUUCUUCCAAGAUCCUACAAUAAAAAACACUGGUCAAUUAUAAAUUUUUAUCCAUUCCUUCAUUUUAAUUAACAAACGUUAAUAUUAUUUUAUUUUUUAUACGCUUAAUUAUCCUGUUACUACGAGAAUGUAAGAACAAAAAACUAUUAGUUUUUUAAUUUUAUUAUUCGUCCAUUGACAACUUCUCUGGAUAAAAAUUAAAUUUUGUGUUCAUUGUUCACUUCUUUGAAAGUGAACUAGUAUUUGGAUGGUGAGUCAAAUAUCAAAUUAUUUACGACAAAGUGAAGAGAAAUUGAAUAUUGUAAAUGAUCAAAUAAAUAAUCUUCUGUACAUAUUUCUGAA